AUGCAUGUCGUACACAGUAAUGGCGAAGAGGACGGAGAUGACCAUACAUCCAAGAAGCCGCGAUUGAGAUUGGCGCAUGCUUGUGAUCGCUGCCGAAGGAGAAAGAUUAGGUGUGAUACACAGCAGCCAUGCGGCCCAUGCAAACAGACGGGUACUGUCUGCACUUUCGAAACGCCUAGCAGACGCCUGAUGAAGAAGCGAGAACGAGACGACAUGGACACCCCUAAUAGCAGUGUCGGGAACGGGACUCCAGCUGCCAAUCCCAAUCGUCCCAAAGCCGGACGGAAACCUCCUGCGGUUUCAAGCAGCAAUACAGGCGGAGGCAUUAAAGCUGUUGACAAUCAGAAAGUUUACACCUCGACACUGGAAGCCAGGCUUAAUAAUUUGGAGGCAUUGUUGCGCAGCAUACCACCGGGUGUUCACAACGCCUUGAUCAAUCAGCUUGACGGCCAGUUAUCUGCGGGGACGCAACCAGGACAGUCAAACAGCGCUUCUGUAGAUGUGCAAGGAGUAUCCGGAGCAAUUGACGGGUUGUCGGCGACAGACUUCGCCCACCUGCUUAGACAACAUGGGACAACCUUGCUGGGCAAUCCUGGCUUGCAAAUCGGAGCGAGCAGCGCACAAGGUUCAGGACCGAUCAAUCCAGAGCAGGUUAACCAGCUUGGUAGGAAUGCUAGCGGCAUUAGCCUCAACCUGAGUAACGGUUACCUUUAUGUGGAUGAGAUCGGCCAGACAAAAUGGCAAGGUGCAACUUCCGGGUUCCCUCUUCUUGACUUGUUGACCGCCAAUUCUCUGCAGCAACAAUCCGAACCCUUGGGGCAACGAGCUGGAAAUGCCGAUGUGCUUCCGACCCAUACAAACGAUCUCCGAGAUAUGGAUGCGAACAAGGUAUCUGGAUCGCCUCCACCACGAUCGAUGUCCGAUGACUCGGUAGUAGAAACCCGUGGUCGCACCCUGAGCGCUGGUGGAAAUGGCAAGGCGGCCUCCGACUUGACGAGAGGACUGACGGAACCUGCUGGGAAUCAAAGGGAAGAGAAGUUUUUCCCUGAUCGGGCUCCUCGUCCUAGUCAAAUGCUCAACCCCGAAGCAACAUGGCGUGUCAUCACCAACGUAAUACCGAGUGACCUCAUGGACACUCUGGUUCGAUGCUAUUUGUCGACAAGCCAUCUCCUUUGGCCAUUCCUGCACGUCCCAAGCUUUCUCAAGGAUUACGCCGACCCACAAAAGUGGGCUGAACCUGGCUUCGCUUGCUUCGUGGUUGCUGUCUGCACAUUAUCAUCCCGGCAUGUCGACGAUCCCCGGGUUCGAGCCAAGGCGGACGAUCCUAGUACGGCCGGAAAACAAUACUUCGAGCUGUUUAAGCGGUUGCGAGACCUCCCCUCUGCAGACAGACCUACCCUAUACUCGAUCCAGGCGGCAUUCCUGGCAGCGAUCUUUGCUUUCGGUCUGGGCACUCUUAGCAAGGCCUUCUCCUUGUUAGCUGAGAGCGUGACUCUGUGCUUAGAUGGUGGACUGCAUCGAAGUGUCGAGGGCUAUAACCACUUCAAUGCUAUCGAGCAAGAAAUGCGCAAGCGGACAUUCUGGUCGAUUUACAGUUGGGACAAACAGUCCGCGGCUUUGUUUGGGCGGCCACCCAUCAUCCACCUUCGAGACUGUGAUGUGCCAGAGCCUCUGCAAAUUGAUGACGAAUACCUCACCAAGGAGAAGAUUCUAGAUCAACCCCCAAACCACCAAACGAGGUUGAGUGCGUUCGUCGCUGUGAUACGGCUUCAUGUGGUUCUAGAGGGCGUGAUCGACUCUUGCGUAUCUCCUUCGACUUUCGCUGGCUCUUCUUUCCUAUCAAAAGCCGCUGCGACCAUAUCAAGGCGAUGUCAGGCCGGCUCUCUUGCAGAGGAAGAGAAGCUGCUGGAGGAGUGGGUGUCGAUACUGCCAAAGCACUGGCAUUAUGACGUCGAAUGCGUAGAGAGCAAGGACCCAAUCAGGAUCACGCAGGCUGAGCGGCUACACUGUCUGGAACACUUGGUCCGGAUGAUUGUGUAUCGACACCGAUUCUCCGGCUUCGUACAAGCACCAGCCGAGACGGAUGACGAGCGCGCUCGCCAUUUGUUAUACUGCCGCAAAGCUAUGGAUUCGGCAUUGACUAUCUGUGCCAACCACGUUCACAUCAGCCAACGAGGCAUGAUGACAUAUUAUGGAGUGCAUGUCAUUCAUCAAUUGGCGCAGGCUGGCCGAACACUCGUGGCAGUGGUACUGAAUUGCAAGACGCCUGAAUUCUCCGGCCUCAUCGCCCCAGCCACGGAAGGUUUGAGGUCCUGUGUUGGUCUGCUCCGGCGGUUUAGCGGGAGAUAUCUCUGCGGUCUGAGGUCCGCCGAUAUUAUCGAGGAGUUCUGUCGAAUCUGCCACAUACCCGUAGAGACGCCACGCACGGUCACCAGCGACACAAGACCUUCUCCAGCCUGGUUACGUCCCGUUCAGCGCCGACAUUCCCCGUCUCCGGCCCCUACAAGGAGACGUCGAUUGGCCUCUUCACAGACACGGACACGGCCGAGUAUGCCAGAUAGGCAAAGUAGCAGCUCUACGCCGGGAGCGCCGCGGCGUCACAAACCGGAUCUAAAUAGCUACUUCACGGAUGGGUUGGAUAAUCCAGCGUCCGCCAAUGCUCUGCUGUCUACCCAAGACUUUUUCGAUCUGUCAGCAGCCGCAUCUCCAGGUCUGGGCUUAGGAGAAACUCCAACUCAAUCACACAACGGUUUGGACGGUCGAGCAGAGUAUGGCAUCUUUGACACCUUAGGCCCUGCGUCGGCACCCUUUGACCAAUUCGAGAGUCUAGAACCAGACUCGGUCAUGGCAGACGCUGGUAACGACCUGGGCCAAAACGCGUGGGAUGUACCGUUCGCUCCUGGUAACGAUGUGCUUGGAAACAUGUGA